GGGAAAUGGCCGCCCGCGGACGAUAGUCUAUCUAUCAGAUAGAUAACGAAGGAUCAGAGAAGAAGAAGACGGCGAAACAAGUGAAGCAGGCAAGGGAUGACGAAGCCGAAGAAGGAGCUACUGUCGUCGGCGCCGUGGCGGGGAGAAGAUGACCAGUCGGAGAAAUUCCGGGACGCGAAGCUCAAGGUGACGAGCCAGCCGGGUCAGACCCCUACUAUGCACGUCCCUGGGAAGAAGACCAAUAAAUCCUCCUCCGACGACGAUGAAGACGAGUACGCCCUCGACCCUGAGCUCCGGUACAGCUUCCAGCGCAACUACAAGUUUCUUCAACGGGUAUUUAGCAUUGACACCAUUGUGAAACCUCUCCCGCCUGCAAUGGCCUACAACGUGUCGCGAAACCUGAGCUUCUUCACUCGCAUCUUUACACAGUUCUUCGAUCCUGAAGGCAUUGCCAAUGCACAGAAAUCACUUGGAUUAGGUCAGGAAGAGAAAGCCCGUCGUGUGCGUUGAACUCUCAGCAUAUGUGGCAGAAAAUCAAGUAGUUUAAAUUUUCCAUUUUCAUGAGAAUCAUAUCAAUUUGUUUUUGAGAUACCUCAUCUGAGUACUUUGAGUUUACUUUGAUCUUAAUGUGUGUCUUUUGGUGCCAUUGCUGCUGGAUAUCGAAAAGGAUGAGAUUUUCUGGA